AUGAAUUUGAGUAGUAGAAAACUUAUUCGUAAAAUUGGUAAAAGGUGUAGUAUGAAUAGCCGGGAUAAAGUUUCAGAAACUGAUGAUUUGAGUGCUAAAGAAACUGUAGAUGCAAACUUGAUUCAAAAAACUGAAGUAGAAAAUGAAUUCUUGGUGUUAAACACAAGGCAAAACGGUCUUUUCUACACUGUAAACACUGCAAUUGGAACAUGUACAUGUUCAAUUGGCAUAAAUGGUGCACCUUGUAAGCAUCAGGGUGCAGUCGCAACAAAAUUUCAUAUUACUUCUUUAAAUUUCUUGCCAUCUUUAACAGCCGAUGAUCGAAUGGUUUAUACCUAUAUUGCACGUG